GUGUUCUUCUUAUUGAAGUUUGUUUGCGGGUUUUCUUGUAUGCAAUAUCACGAGUUGUUUGCUAGAACACUAGUGGGGUUUGUUGAUUUAUUAAGGCGAACCACAUUUUCUAUCUGAAUUACUUGUACAGUCAUGAACAACAUCUUCUUGCAGCCGUUGCAGACCUCUUCGCUGGCGACCACAGACCACGAGCGACCGUCAUGAGUCUCCUCCUCCAGGGACGCUACGGCAGUACCCACGAAACCCAACCCAGGUGAUUGUGUUAGCUUGGUUGGUGUACUCUCUUUUCGACGGUGAACACUAGCGACACUUUCGAACGCUGCUCCAGCAGUGAUUUUCAACGACGGUAUGUUGCGUGUUUGGUGGUCGAAUUCUUGGCUCACGCUUAGAUUGUCCUCAAAUCAGUCUACCAUCUAUCCAUAAGGUUUGGAUCAGCAAGUUUAGACAUAUUCGGACACCAAUCGACAAAGAACGAAGCCCUUUUUGGCCUCUAGAAGAUUGGAAUUCAAGAAGGUGAAAUUGAAAUUUUGAUUGAGAUUAUAGAACUGUUAAUCGAGGUUUUUGGGAGAUCUUUGUGAUGAGUGAUCAAAGAAGACACAGAAUUUUGAUGGUCUCUGAUUUCUUUUAUCCCAACUUUGGUGGUGUGGAAAGUCACAUUUAUUGUCUCUCACAAUGUCUUCUGAAACUUGGUCACAAGGUUGUGGCGAUGACCCAUGCUUAUGGAAAUCGUAGCGGUGUGAGAUACAUGACAGGUGGCUUAAAAGUGUAUUAUGUACCAUGGAAACCAUUUCUAAUGCAAAAUACAUUGCCAACAUUCUAUGGGACACUUCCAAUUGUCAGGACAAUCCUGAUUCGAGAAAAAAUUACGUUAGUGCAUGGCCACCAGGCCUUUUCAACUCUUUGCCAUGAAGCUUUGAUGCAUGCAAGGACCAUGGGAUACAAGGUUGUAUUUACAGAUCAUUCUCUAUAUGGUUUUGCUGAUGUGGGAAGCAUCCAUAUGAACAAAGUAUUGCAAUUUACUUUAGCAGAUGUUAGUGAGGCUAUAUGCGUUUCACAUACUAGUAAGGAAAACACAGUUCUACGAUCAGGUUUGCCUCCAGAAAAGGUUUUUGUAGUACCUAAUGCUGUUGAUACUGCUAUGUUUAAGCCUGCUUUGAACCGACCCAGUACAAAUGAGAUUAUCAUUGUGGUUGUAAGUCGAUUGGUUUAUCGCAAGGGGGCAGAUUUGCUAGUCGAGGUCAUUCCUGAAGUCUGUCGGAUGUUUGCUAAUGUGCGAUUCAUUAUUGGAGGAGAUGGACCAAAACGUGUGCGGCUGGAAGAGAUGAGGGAAAAGCAUGGUCUUCAAGAUCGAGUUGAGAUGUUGGGAGCUGUUCCACAUGCUCACGUUCGAUCAGUUCUUAUAUCUGGCCAUAUAUUUCUUAAUAGUUCUUUAACGGAAGCUUUUUGCAUAGCCAUAUUAGAGGCUGCUAGUUGUGGAUUAUUAACAGUUAGUACACGGGUUGGAGGUGUGCCAGAGGUUCUACCAGAUGACAUGGUUGUACUUGCAGAACCUGAUCCCGGUGAUAUGGUACAGGCUAUUAAGAAGGCAAUUACCAUACUUCCUACGAUUGACCCACAAGAAAUGCAUAAUCGUAUGAAGAAAUUGUAUGAUUGGCAUGAUGUUGCAAGGAGGACAGUUAUUGUUUAUGACUAUGCUCUGAGAAGCUCGGAUCAAAAUCUUCUUGGACGACUCUCCAGGUAUCUCUCAUGUGGGUCGUGGGCUGGAAAGCUUUUUUGUUUGGUUAUGAUCAUCGACUUUUUGCUAUGGUAUUUUUUGAAACUAUGGCAGCCUGAUGAGAACAUUGAAGUUGUGCCUGAUUUUAAAUUGACGUGCAAUCAAGAUCAGGGGCCAAUGCAUGACAUCAACGUUGAAAAGCCAUAAAAUGGCUACGAUCACACUGUCAAGAGUGCUUUUCCAGGCGUAUGUUACGAGGUUGAACUCCAGAAUCUCAUUCCUGUGCAAUGGAAAGAAAUGCAUCGUCUUCCUUUUAUCCUUCGUCGUGGAAAAGGUUCAGAAACAUUUUUGUUCGUGAAAACAAGGUAUUCUUCCCCAAUGAUGUAGGCUGACGCUUAUUGAGUAUUUUCAGAAGGAAUAUACAGAGAUAUAUUAAAGAGAAGUAUGUAACUUAAUAACACCUAGCUCAUAAUCACAACUGUUUGUUGACUCCGGACCCUUCAUGAGAGGUAGGAGUUUCUCUCUCUUGUGUGACUCUCACUAUUUCAUUUCCUUUUUUCUCCCACACUUUGGAAAGUUGCAAUCUUUUUAUAUGGUCAAAACUUUCACAUGGUUGGUCUUGCAUAGGAGGAUUUACACUGUUUACUUUGUUCCAGGUCUUAUCUAUGUUGGCUUCAAUGGCACGCCUUAUGCAAGCAUAAGCUUUUUACGAUCUUGAUUAUGUUUUGUGGGGUACUCUAACUUGUGAAUCUGAAUUGGGAUCAUUUCAUGGAGGCUUUCUGGUGUGAUUUUGGUCCAUAACAUAACAUAUCUCGCCACUUUAUGUUGAUGCUUCCACCUGUUGCUUCAAGACAUAGGAGAGACCACCUUUUGUACAACAUUUUUCUUUUCUUUUUUGCUAUUCUUAAGAGUCGAGGGUAGGUAUGAUUUAUGAUAUUUCUCUUUAGAUGUUUGACGAAAGAAAUUUGUAAUCAACGUUUUCAAUAUUUUCAAUUCUACUGUGUAAUUUGCACUUUUUUUUAACCAAUUUGUAAUCUGAAUUGGGACCAUUUCAUAGUUGCAUAAGAGGAGUUUGUUUGUUUGUUUGUUUUC